GCUCAGACUCAAUUGUGCUUCCUGCUUGUCAGCCUCUUGCCUCCCAAACGCGUACCAUUUCCACUUGAUGUCAUCAGACAGAAGGGGGUGAAAGAGACUCGGUGACAGAUUCAGGGUUUGAAUGUGUCCAUCCUGUCGGCACCCUCCGCAUUUCAAGGUUUUAUUCAGUCCCUGCUGCACUUGAAUUUUGAAACAAGAAAUGAACACACCUGAGCAUGCUCGAUGCCUGUGAGCUCCCCCAUCACCUCACGACGUUGGGAAGCCUCAGAGAAGGCAGGUGCUGGAGCAGCGGCCUCUGAGGGCAAGCUUCUUCCCUGUGGCCUUGACCUUCCUGUUCCCAGUGCACGAUGGAGACGCUCUCCCAAGAUUCCUUGCUGGAAUGUCAGAUCUGUUUCAAUUAUUACAGUCCCCGGCGAAGGCCCAAGUUGCUGGAUUGCAAACACACCUGCUGCUCGGUGUGCCUCCAGCAGAUGAGGACGAGCCAGAAGGACGUGAGGUGCCCGUGGUGCCGAGGCAUCACCAAGCUGCCUCCGGGCUUCUCCGUGUCACAGCUCCCCGAUGACCCCGAGGUCCUCAGCGUUAUCGCCAUCCCGCACGCCUCCGAGCACACCCCGGUCUUCAUCAAACUUCCCAGCAACGGGUGCUACAUGCUGCCCCUUCCCAUCUCCAAGGAGCGCGCGCUGCUGCCCGGAAACAUGGGCUGCCGCCUGCUGCCCGGGAGCCAGCAGAAGCCAGUCACUGUGGUGACCAUCCCUGCGGAGCAGCAGCCUCUGCAAGGCGGGGCUCCCCCGGAGGCAGCGGAGGAGGAGCCAGACCGGCGGGGCGUGGUGAAAAGCUCCACUUGGUCGGGGGUGUGCACUGUGAUCUUGGUGGCCUGCGUCCUGGUCUUCCUGCUGGGCAUCGUGCUCCACAACAUGUCUUGCAUUUCCAAGCGCUUCACUGUGAUAUCCUGUGGCUGAAGCGGGCUGCGGGGGUGUGACUGGUGGGUGCCAACUCGGGGUGGAGCAGGCGUUGAUGAUGGAACUCGGGUGAGAAGAUGGGGGCGACGCUGAUCAUUUGGUGCCGAGCGCUGGCCUCCGGGCUGCCAGUUAAUUAACCCAAGACAGACACGGAGGGGCAGAAUGUGAGGUCUCAACAAAGAUGCCAGACGGGAAGCUCUGAGCAUUGAUGGCGCAGCUUCGAAGGCGAUUGCAUGCAUCCUCGUAGUCAUUUAUAAAAUGGACUGUAACUUAUGAUUUUUCAAAGUCACGUGAUGAGAUAGACAUAUUCUACUUAGAUGUUGACCUGUGCAAGUGCAUACGAUGUGAUCUUCUCUACAUGUGGUAGAUUAAAACCAAGAUGCUAUGUGUACAAGUAGAAUCCAACCUGAGAAUGAAUCCAUGACCAAUUCAGUGACGACACGCAGUGCUGUUUUCUUUCCUUUUACAAACGAAACCCAGUCUUCACUUAGUUGCUAAGGCUUUUUAUACUUUCUGAAUGGCGCCCGAAUUAAACUAAGUUAAGCGGAUCGUCGUUUUUUGAAGAAACUAUUUGAACAAGUGUUUCCGAUGUAUUGUGUUUUGUUUGUCGUGUUCCUUCAUUUUUCAUCCCUUGUAAUUAGAGCUUGAUAUGUGUUUAUUAAAUGGAAAGCUCAACAGGGGAGCAAUAAACUGAGUAAUGAUGAGAAAUGCCUAAUCCCACAGGAAAACUAUAUGCCAAUUUUUCUCAAGCCAUCUCACAAAAUAAGAAUUUUAAAUGUAGAUAUUGUGUAUUUAUAUGUGUGUGUAAUUCGGUUUACCUCGGGUUUUGAAUCUUUACAGAAGAAUCUUGGUGGUAAGACUCAGUAGGCAUGAAUGAGUGCAGGGUCUGAAACGGUGCCACCUACCUCCUGGGCACUGGGACCCACUCAGUGAGGAGUCACACACUCGUCACUUCCAACACCUGCUCCUCUUUUGUGCAGUCGAGUUGUGAGUCACAAAUGGAGAGUAACAGAACCUUCUGUCUUUUCUCCCAGUUUGGGAAUAUUGUAAUAGUCACGAGUGUUGUUAACCGAUGAUAAACCUGGACUGGCAUUUUAAUAGACAGUCCACAGUUAUUUUUUGAAAGAGAUUAUUGUUCCAUGAGAGUUGAACCAUUCUGAAUUCCAGUUUCCUUUUGUUGUAUAAGUAAGAAUAUCUCUUCUAUCUGGAAAUGUGUUUUUAUUGAGAAAAGUGGUGAGGUAAACCUAGAACUCACAUUCUCAAUUUAAAUGGACCAGUUCAUCCUAAAUUCUUAAGUGGGUAAUGGUCUGUAGAUGCUCACAAAGAAAGAUUUGCUAGAUGAAAUGACGAAUUCCUAUGCUGGGUGUGUGUGUGUGUGUGUGUGUGUGUAAAUAGCUGUGAGCUUUACAGUCCUCUUCUAAUUUCCUUUAUGACAUUCCUGAAGCAAGUGGUAUGUGACAAGGACUCCUCUCAUAAAUAUCUGUUUAUGUUCCAUUGAAUCCAUGAAAAUAGGGGAGAGGAAGAUAAGCAGUGACUGGCUCCAAAAAGCAAAGCUGGAAAUAACCCUCUAAGAUGGAGACAAUUUAAUUUACUUAUAUGCUAGCUAUGACCUUCAAGCAGCACAAAAUAUGCACAUUAAAGUGAUGGAAAUUAGGAGAGAUAAAAUGACAAUAUAAUGACUAGAAUCCAGAGCCAACACUGUUCAUUGGUGUGAGGAUUCAAUAAAAAAAAAUAUGAACUCGGGCUUUUCAAAUCUUUCAAAUUUUUCAUAAGACCUUUAGGAAAUGUAUUUGAAAGCUCAAACUAGAUAUUAGGUUAAAAUGCCAUUUUAUUGUGUAAGCUAUUGGGCAUUAUACAAAAAUCUAGGAUUUAUUUGGUAUUAAUAAUUUAGGUAUCAUAUUAGCUGAAUGCUAUCCUCUAUUAUGUAACAUAAUAUACUGUUGGGUUAGUGUCAAUUUCUCCAACUGAACCAGGCUGCUGUAAUGCACAUCUGACCCAAUUUCUAUUCCUUUUGGGGGAAAAAAAUAACACCAAAAACACAGAAAUGUUGCAUUAAGAACACUAUAUUUCAAAUGGACUUUACCCUUGCAAUUUUAAGCCAUGCCAUAUUCCAAUUAAUUUUGUAAAUGAUAUCUACAUAUGUUUAUGUACAGUACGAAAUGACCGGCCGUGUAGUGUAGUAUUUGAUAGACUUCUAUGUGUUAAGUAGGUUAUAUACAGACACUAAAGUAUGUGACAGUACAGCGCCCUGUGUUUCUUAGUGUAAAAAUAUUGAGUCAAGUUACCAUUCACGUAACUUUUACUUAAAAACAAUCCGAUGCUAGAGCUGCAAUUAAGCAGUGCAAAGUUUAUCAGCUCCGUGAUAGAACCUUGACUUUACAACCUAGGAUAACAAUAACAACCAAAAGCAGAAUUUUCUAUGUGAGUCUUACUGACAUAAAAAACACUGUUUGAAUGAAUUCUGCCUACAGUUACUUGUGCACCUGUUUGUUAGGGUGUACGUGUGUGUGUGUGUGUGUGUGUGUGUGAUGUCUUAGCCUGCCAGAUAGAACUUUUAUGGACUUGAUGUUUUAAUGGUAUUUGGCAUCCCAUUACUCUGGCCUCUUCUGGCAUUGACCCAUAACACUAACAACUCAUCGACCCCAUGUGACCAAAGUCCAGUGGCACAAUCGGCCAGCAUUGACAGUUGCAUAUCAAUAAAAAAGUCACAGCUGAAAGCACAGAAAGUUAGAGUUGAAAGCAACCUCCAGUGGCUUCAUUUGUAGGUGAGUCCAUUGAGGCCCACAGACUGAUAGAGCUGCUUGAAAUUCUGCAGCAAAAGGGAGACAAGAACUUUGUACUUCUUCCUAGGCCUGUCAUGGGCUCUGCAUGAUCUUCAGGGUGGAUGAAUACCCUUUACUAACUCAACUUUUGCUUUAAAGUGUGUGUGUGUGUGUGUGUGUGUGUGUGUGUGUGUAGCUUUCUAUACUGGUAUUCAUUUUAGUUAGCAUCUACCUCUCUAGGAAAUGAAAGAAAGGUUGAUUUAGGGGAUGAGUUACAGAAGUUUAAAAGAAACCAUGUCAUUUGAAUUUUUAAAAUUGCAAGCCAUUGGUUUCCCUCCAUCCUUCCCUUCUGUGUAAAGGACGAGUGUUGUGUAAAUAGUAAACUAUAAGAAGCAUGAAUUUUCACCUUUAUUAAUGAUCUUGACCUAAGCAAGAGAAUGCUUAAUAUGUUAAGUAGAGCCAAGUAGGCUAUCAAAAAGCAUUGUCUUUGGAACAUUUUUUUGUACAAUAACCUGGGGCAUAAGUUGUGAUGAAAAGGCAAAUCAUUUCUUAGUUCUAGUCAUACUUUAUGAUCAGAAAGCUUUAAGGUAUUUUCUUUAAAUAUAUAAUUAAGUUUAAUCUUGCUCACGACCGAAUAGUGGAUCCCUUGAAGGUUAAACCAAUGAGGAUGCAGCCCUUGGGAUCUUCUAGGUUGGCACUGCUCAGUGGAACUUUCUGUGAUGAUGGAAAUAUUAUGUAGCCUAUGCAGUCCAAUACAGUAGCCGCUAGCCACAUUGGCUAUAGGCAGUUGAAAUGGGGUUAGUUUCCUGAGUUACUGGAUUUUGUGUUUUAGUAUUUAAUUUUAAGUUAUUUAAAUUUAGGAGCUCAUGUGGUUAGUGGCUAACACAUUGGAUAGCACAAUUCUGGAUGGUUGUACAAUGAUAUCUAGCAUCAGAGUGUUAGGAGUAACAGAGUAAGGCUAAGACAGUUUGUGGUUUAGUAGUAACAUGCAGUUGACUAAAAACAAACCUUUCUGGAUUUAAAAAGUAUAUGAUCUCAAGUAUGAUAGUAAAAAUUCAUUGAUUGCCCUUGGGGUUAUUACUUAGAUACUUUGGGUCAAAGCACAAUCAGUGAAGCUUAGAGUGCUUUAUGAAGCCCCUUUUCUGGGAUCAUUUGCUGCAUGUGAAUUUAUUGUCCAAAAAUAGUAGUUGCACAGUAGCUGUAAAACAUUCGACUUGCAAGUUAUGCAUGACCUGUAACUGUGAAAAUGUGUUUAGGGUCUUAUGGCCAAAAAGUAAAUGUUACUGUGGGGG